CUCACUUGAACAGCGAGUAACUCAUCAUGCCUGAUCCAGCACCGAAAACAGCGCCCAAGAAGGGCUCCAAGAAAGCCGUGACCAAGACCCCCGGCAAGAAAGACAGAAAGAGGAGGAAGACCAGGAAGGAGAGCUAUGCUAUCUACGUCUACAAGGUGAUGAAGCAGGUCCACCCCGACACCGGGAUCUCCUCCAAAGCCAUGGGCAUCAUGAACUCCUUCGUCAACGACAUCUUUGAGCGUAUCGCCGGGGAGGCCUCCCGUCUGGCUCACUACAACAAGCGCUCCACCAUCACCUCCAGGGAGAUCCAGACCGCCGUCCGCCUGCUGCUGCCCGGCGAGCUGGCCAAGCACGCCGUGUCCGAAGGGACAAAGGCCGUGACUAAAUACACCAGCUCCAAGUAAACGGCUCCGCUUCCUCCCAACAUCAAACCAAAGGCUCUUUUAAGAGCCACACACUUUAUUCAGAAAGAGCAAAGUUUCAUUAUUUUGGGGAGAAAUUUAAGAAUUUAAUGAGAAGAUCCUCAAAACGUGUGACAAUAUAUUUGUCUACAACAGUAUUGUAGUAACAUGCAGUCCUUUUAAACAAAGGUUUCUUGAAGCAUAUUCACUAAUUGUUUAUCAUUGUCUCUUUAAAAUAAAGAACUAUUAUAACUUUG